AUGGAUAGAUAUGAUUACCUCUUCAAACUCCUCCUUAUCGGAGAUUCCGGCGUCGGAAAGUCUUGUCUGCUCCUUCGAUUUGCCGAUGACACCUACACAGAAAGCUACAUCUCUACUAUUGGCGUGGAUUUCAAAAUCCGCACUAUCGAGCUUGAUGGCAAAACAGUGAAACUUCAAAUUUGGGACACUGCCGGCCAAGAGCGAUUCCGAACCAUCACAUCGUCUUAUUACCGUGGCGCUCAUGGUAUCUGCGUUGUAUAUGAUGUUACCGACAUGGAUUCUUUCAACAAUGUAAAGCAGUGGCUCCAGGAAAUUGACCGUUAUGCGACCGAGGGUGUCAACAAGCUGCUCGUGGGAAACAAGAGCGAUAUGGAGGAUAAGAAAGUCGUAGAAUAUACUGUCGCGAAGGAAUUUGCUGAUAGCCUUGGAAUCCCAUUUUUGGAAACAUCUGCCAAGAACGCGUCUAAUGUCGAGCAAGCCUUUUUGACGAUGGCUAGACAGAUCAAGGAGCGUAUGGGCACCGCGACCGUAAACAACAAGCCGACUGUGCAAGUUGGUCAGGGACAGGGUGUCCAAUCUGGAUCCGGUGGUGGCUGCUGUUAG